AUGGCUCUAUCAUUCGACCAAACAAGUCAUGGCGCAGCUAUCAGUAUCGCUUCGGAUGGUCUUAGCGCACGACGAACGACCGGUUUUGCCAAUGGCAUUGUUUUUACCAAUCGCCCCAUGAAUAUUUUCGAGAAAAUCACAUUCGAAGUUGAUCAACAGCCAUCAUCGAUCUGGCAAGGUUCGUUACGUCUCGGUUUAUACACUGAUCAACAAAUUCCUACCGAUGAUUUGCCUUUAUCGACUAUGGAAGCAAAUCUAAGUGCAUCCUAUACGAUGGUUUCUUUGGAAAAAUAUGUCAAUUUGUAUAGUGAAAUACGCGUCACUGUUUGGUUAACACAAAACUACUCGUUAAACUAUGCUAUAAACAAUGUUUUACGUGGAACAUUGAUCGAUAACGUUAUAUUAGAUGAGAAUAACAGCACUGGCCUACUUCGACCGCGUUUAGUUUUUGAUUUGUAUGGUAAUACAACUAAAGUGCAGCUGAUUCGAGAUGAUGAUGCUGUUCCAUAUGAGAUCAAAGCUCGAGGCCUUGAUGCUAUACGACAUUUUCAAACAGCAUGUGAUACCGGUACAACUUCUGUACGUCGAACGUUGCUGCUAUUGGUCGGCCCGAAGUUUUGCGGAAAAACUUGUUUGAAACAAGUCCUUUUAUCAAAUUAUGAUAACGAUGACAAUCAUAAUUUAUCUUCAGACCUUUCCUCAUCUUGUUCUAUUAAUAUCGAUCAGUCACAUACAUGGUCAUUAACGAAAUCAAAUCUUCAUCGAAAUUCGACUCACGAAUCGUUAUCAACAAUGAUUCAAGAAUUCGAUGAGAACAGACCGUCAAAAUCCGCUGUUCAACAGCAUGAGUAUGAAUCUCAAUUAGUUCAUAAUAUAAUUCUUAACUUAUUAAAACGACGUUACGAAUUACAUACGGUCCAUGAAAAGAAAGAUAAGAAUUGGAAAGAAACUCUAUUAGAUGAUCUGAAACUAGUCUAUCCCACUCCGAUGAUUCCGUUAACCAUUCGUUCAUUAGUCGAAAAACAAUUGAUACAAAUGAAGUCCUCGGAUCCGCAUGCAGUCCUCGCUAAUCUUAUGUCAAACUCUGGCAAAUCUAAAGAAGAAAAACCGCACGAUUAUCAACGUCUACGCCUUGAUCUUUGGGACAUGCCCGGAUCAACAUCAUCUUGUGGGAUCACACAUCAAAUUUUUCUAUCAUCGCGAGCUAUUUAUCUGCUUGUAUUCGAUCUAACAAAAGAUCUGGACCAGCCAUGUGAAUGGAAUAAGGAAAUUACCAACUUGGAUCAUUUGAGUUACAUCAUGCAUUCUGUUUAUUGCUAUUCGGCGAAUAUCAAUCGAGGACGAACCGAUGAAGAAGGAGUAGAUAAUCAACAUCUAUCACCACCGAUUAUUCUUGUUGGUACACAUCGCAAUUUAUUACCGCAUGCAAAUAAAAAUAACACGAUUGACAAUAAAAUGUCUACAAUUCGGGCGAUGAUUGCGACGAAGCCCUACGCGAAACAUGUGAUUGAACCGUAUUUUACCGUCGAUACACUUCGAUCGGAUGCUGCUGAUGUUGAACAAAUCGAACAAUUAAGACAAUUAAUCGAAGAAACGGCUCUAGCUGAACAUUAUAUCGGCGAACAAAUUCCGACUCGAUGGUUGCAUUUUGAAAAUGAUUUGAACCGAUUAAAACAUCAACAAGAGAAUUUCUAUGCUUCGCUGGAUCAAAUUUGUGACAUCGCUCGAACACAAGAUAUUUGUUCUUCGGACGAGUUGAAAACUCUAUUGGAUUUCUAUCAUGAUCUCGGUGUUAUUGUUUAUUUCGAUAAUACACAAGACAUGUUUUUGAAAAAUACACUUAUCCUCCGUCCGCAGAAACUCAUACAACUUAUGAGACGUCUUGUUUUUAAUGACAAUGCUGAAAAUGGGAACGACGACGGAAUUAUCGAUGAACGAACAUUUGAAAAUCUUUGUCAACCAUUUAUUGAACAAAAACAAAGCCUAUUGGCACUACUGAAGAAAUUCGAUCUUCUUUGUGAAUGUACAUCAUCGGCAGCGUUGUGUAAACAGUAUUACAUACCGGGAUGUAUGCGUCGUGUUUAUACUGAGAAGAGUUCGACAGAAAAAGACGAUCAAUCGGUGGUUUUCUACUAUUUAUUCGAUGGAUUUUUCCCGGAAAGUCUUUUUCACCAAAUACUUGUCCGAACAAUCAAAUGGACACAAUCACAUCAUGCAUCAUCACCGAAACUCAACUAUCGUCGUGGAAAAUUUCUUCUCGACGAUCAUCAUUUACUUAUUCUAACUGCAUCAUCGAUGAAAUACGCGCGAAUGAAAGUGCAAAUUAUUCGUACAGACAUCGCCACAGCCAUUCCUAAUCCAACAACUACAACAGCUGCAGCUAGUAGUAACAAUAGCAAUAACAGUAAUAACAAAAAUCAAGAUGAAAUCAAUCCGCAAUUGGCAGAUCCAGUGGUUGUAGCAAAAGUUCGUAAGUUUCUCGAGUCAUUAUUGAAUGAAAUUAAAUCGACAUGGAUACGCCGUCUGGCAUUUCAAUGUAUGGUCGUUUGUCCGUGUGGGAAAAUAUGUGAUUUACAUAAAAUUCCUUAUUGCUCAAAUAAUUUCUGUUUACAUUUUUUGAAUCUCGAUCAUUGUCUUUCAAAUCCAAUUGUUGAAUGUUCAUUUCGUCGUGUACCUACAAGUCAAUACCGUAAUUGGUUUCCGAAAUUAACGACGACACGAGCCGUGCCAAUCAUCGAUAUUUUAUACGAUCAAAAGUCAAUGAAUCAUUUCUUCGAAGACUCAAACUUACCAGGUUGGAUACGCUCAACUGCGAAACUUCUCUCGACAUCUGUAAUCAACAUCAAUCUCAACAAAUCAUCAAGUGAAAACCGUACAUGGGUUAUUCUAGCCAAAAAACUCGGUUAUCAACAAUCGGUGAUCGAUCAGUUUGCUCUGAGUCGCAAUCCAAGUUUACAAUUAAUAACUGAUUGGAUUGUCCGAAGCGGCAACUCUUCACUAGCCGUUGAUAUGUUACUUGCGACAAUGAAACAAAUUGGACGCGACGAUCUAGUUGAAAUCAUAUCACGUGAACGUGAAGCACAAUAUUCUUUGCCAUCAGUUUUCAUUAGUUAUCAAUGGGAUGCUCAGGACGAAGUGAAAGAAUUGCGGAACUUUUUAGAAUUAGUCGGUUUUACAUGUUGGAUGGAUAUGGGGCAAAUCGGCGGAGGAGAAUUGCUCUAUGAGAAAAUCGAUCAUGGAAUACGAAAUGCGAAAGUGGUUAUUUGUUGUAUAACACCAAUGUAUAUUGUUUCGAAUAUGUGUCAACGGGAAUUGGUUCUCGCUGAUAUGUUGAAGAAGCCAAUCGUACCAAUUAUGUUCGAAUCAACACUAUGGCCACCAAUGGGAGCAGCAAGUUUGAUUCUUUCACAAUUAGCUUAUGUUGAUUUGAAAGGUAAUUUUUCUCGAGUUUUUAACGAACUCUUCUCUAUUGAUCCGUAUCUAUUAGGUGCCGGUGGACAUGGUGGUAGCGGUAGAGCAGCAGAUUUGCAAGCACGUUACAACGAAAUUGCAUCUAUGGUAUCUCGGCAUACAACAUCAUCAUCGCCGAGUACGUUUCGUCGAUUGGUGCAUUCAUCUUCGAUCGAUAAACGAGGUACUGCUCAUCCAUCAUCUGCUCUCGCUGCAUUGACUACAGCUCGACAUACGAAACAAGCACGAAAUCAUCAACGUCAUAAUACAGAUUCAUUGAACUCAAACGAAAGUUCGAAUGAAAGUAUGAGCGAAGAUGAUUUCGAUUACGAUUACAAUGAAACUGAUGGUAGUGAUCAUCCCGUUCGACCUAUCGAACCUAUCUUAACUGCAUCUAACAUUGUUCCACCUGUUGGUACAUCUCUGAAUCAACCAUUUCAGAUCCGCAGUUCAGUUCACUUGGAACAUCGUCUUGGUCCGAUGACCAACAAUCAUUCUCCACCAAAUGUUAAUAGUUCUGUUGCCAGUUGUACUGUUUGCAGCAUUCUGUGA